AUGAUGACCGAAGUGAAAGUGAUGGUUUUCGGAGGUGCUGGCGUCGGGAAAAGAGCGCUAACUGAGCGAUUUUGUCCAGAUAAUGAAUAUGACCCAACACUUGAAGACUCCCAUAGGAAAGAAAUAGAUGUCGAUGGCUGGCAAUGUAUCGUCGACAUUCAAGGCAUUAUGGGAGAAGGUGAAUACACCGCGCUUCGUGACCAGUAUAUCCGUGUCGGACAGGUCUUCAUUCUUGCGUACAGCAUUACUUCACGAACGUCGUUCUCUCGUAUACGGGAGUUCCACAACAAUAUUCAAGAGGUCAAAGAAUAUACGAGAGUCAAUGCGACUUCAGACCAGUCUCGCUCGGAGCGUCCAUACAAUGUGUCCAUCAUUUUGGCCGGUACCAAGAAUGACCUGGAAGCCCAGCGCGAAGUCUCAGUCGAGGAAGGUCAAAUGCUUGCGAAGUCACUUGGCUGCUGGUUUAUCGAGACAUCUGCAAAGAACAACACAAAUGUAGAUAAGCUCUUCUAUGAUUCUGUGAGAUGGUUUCGACAGAAAAACCCUCCUAUUGUUCCCCAAACACCAGCCCCUCCGCAAUCAAAGAAAGGCCUGGGGAGAUUGUUAGGAUCAAGGCAGAGAAAAAAAGAUGAUGGGUCACGAUGCGUGGUUAUUUAA